CAAACACUGACCACAGCUGCUGAACUCCCCUAGACAGGUCCGAGACUGUCCUCUAUCCUCAACAAGUAAUGGAGACCAUCAUUCACGUCUACGACCCGAAGCGGCCCCUGCUCCUUCUCGAGUAUCGAAAUACCAGCAGCAAGACCACUCCCCAGCCACUAUCCUCCCCUCCAAAUGUUCUUCUCUUCGUGGGCGGACUCUACGACAAUUUUCGGUCGCCACGCUACGUCGAUGACUUGGCGGCGCUGUUUCCGCGCGAUGUUCCAAAUCAGACAUGGCGUGUGAUGCACGUCCAGCUCUCGACGAACGGGAGGAGCUGGGGGUUGUUUGACCUGGAUCGUGAUGUCAGAGAAAUCGCCGCUGCAAUCACCUAUAUCAGAGACACGAUAACUCAGUCUCCUUCGACGCCUGUGGUCUUGAUGGGCCAUUCCACCGGCUGUCAAGACCUCAUGCAUUAUCUCGUCUCUCCUGUGUCGUCAUCUUCUCCACGCCCCGAUAUCUCAGGCGCCAUCUUACAGGCGCCCGUGUCCGACCGCGAAGCAAUUUUGAAUGGCGUCUCUGAGUCUGCGGCCGCAAAAGCAGCCUAUGAAGCUGGCCUGCAGAUCGCCUCCUCGACACCCAAGGAGAAACACAAGACGACAAUUCUGCCCAUGGACGUCAUGAAGCCCGUCCUCGGCCCUGUUCCGGUGACCAUUUCCCGUUUCCUCAGCUUGGCGUCACCAAAUUCGCCAGAGAACCCGGCAAUGGACGACUACUACUCCAGCGACCUGUUUGACCAGAGGCUCCGAGAGACGUUCGGCCGCAUCGGCGCUGUUCCCCAUCUGCAGCCAACAAGGCAGGGGAUGAAGAAAAGUCUAUUGAUUCUGCAGGGCGCCAACGACGAGAGCAUCCCCAAAACUGUGGAUAAAGCCCUGUUGCUCUCGCGAUGGAAGUCGGCGCUUGAGUCCACUGCCGAGGCAAUCCUGUCCCGCCACUCGCUCAUCAUUCCCCAUGCGGUGCACGACAUCUCGGGCUCGUCUAAAGAGACGCGCAGAGCACGGCUUGUGGACAUGCGUGGCGCGGUGUUGAACUACCUUCAAGACGUGGUUGGUGGGAUUGAUCCGCCAUCGGGGACCGAUGGUGACAACGCGAUGAGCCCAUGGGACAUUCUGGAGAGGGAUCGGAAGGAGAUUGAAAGCGGCGACGACGCGGCGGACGGUACGGGGAAGGGAGUGGACACUUCUAAAUUAUGACCUGGGGAUUGACCAUUGACCAUGACGAGCCGUUGUGGGACGACUGGUCAUUCCCAUGUGGUACGACGAUGGCUACGACCAUGCCGUGAAUGGUAUGGAUGCAUCCCGAGCCUCGUAGCCUCGUAGCCUCGUAACCUUGUAGCUUCGUGGGGCUUUUGCUAUUGUCAGAAAAAAGGACCCGCUGGGCUCCUGCAUGGGAUGCCUGAUUCUAACCGCUCGUCACUUCGCGC